UUGCCCACUUUGAAGGUGAAGAAGGGACGGAUCAAUUCCAAUUUCCAAUUUCAUUGAUUAUCAUCUUUAAAUAAUAGGGCAGGAGGGGAGACGAGAGAGGUCCGCGAAGGAUCCCAACCCUCAAAGCAUUCAUUGUCUGUCUGACGGUUGACCCUUUCUCUUCUAGAAUAAAAAGUCCAUUCUCCAUUUUCGAUCUCUCCACUCUCCAGCCGACCAACCAUUAAAGCUUCAUCGCUCUCCUUCUCCUCGUUUUUCUAAUUCUAAUUCGUCGCUCAUGGUUUUGACUGAUUCGGCAUCUAUAAAAAAAGCUCUGUAAUCCUCUUGCGGAGGAACCUUAUUCUUCUGUUCCAAUCGAAGAAUCUCGCCAUACCACCGCAACCGCUAUCUCCUCCACCUCUACAAGCCCCAUAAAAUUGGAGGUUAAAAACAAGUGAACGCCAGCGAAGGAAUUCCCAGAGAGAAGAAGAGGAGGAGAAGGCCGCAGAAGCCACGGUCGAUUCCUUAUAAGUAGUAAUUGAUUGUUGAAGAUUUGAAUGAAACUUUCCUUCUCUAACACACUUCAUUCUUCCUACCAUGUCAAAUAUCCCCACUUCUCUCUCUGAAGUCUGUCUCACUCUCUUCCGUCUCACCAUGUCGAUCGCAGACCCAUGGCCUUUCACCUAAACAAAGCCAAUUACAACAAUAUCCGUAGAUAGUCUACCUCCCAUUCUCUCUCGCUGUCUGUCUCAUCUUUCUCUUCACUCACUGCACACAUUAUGAGGAAGACGAGAGGUUUCAAGUUGGGCCGCAAACUGGUUAAGGUGUUUAGAUGGGUAGUCAGGCCGAAUCGAAAGCCAGCUGGCUACCGCCGAUUGGAGUUGGAUCCUCCGAGCUGCAAAAGCAAGGCCAUAUCCAAAAUUUGCGACUGGGGUAAUUGCCUGAAGCGAGGGGCGAAGGGACUCUGCUCUUCCAACAAGUCAUCAGCCUCCGGCUACAGUCGCUGUGAUCGGGAGGCAUUGGAAGAUAAACCGGUGCAAGUGCCGAAAGGACACAUGGCGGUAUACGUGGGUCAGAAAGACGACGGUCUUCAUCGGUUCUUGGUGCCGGUUAUCUACUUCAAUCACCCCUUAUUCGCAGACUUGUUGAGGGAGGCCGAGGAGGAGUAUGGGUUCCACCACCCAGGUGGGAUUACGAUACCAUGCCGGAUAACUGAGUUCGAGAGCGUACAAACGAAGAUCGCCGCCGGCGUGAAAUCGACGUGGAAACGUCGCUUGUGAAUUGUCACUGAUUACAGUGUUGAUGAUGAUGAUGAAAAGUGAAAACCAUGAUUAAAGAUAGAUGAUUAGAUAUACCCCUUUUUUUUCCAUUUCUUUUGUUUCAAUUUUUGUUAAUACUGGGUGUAAUGGAGGAUUUAGUUGUGAAAUCAAAAGGAUGUGUCUGUUCUCUUUUCCUA